GACUACCCGGUCACUCACGGGAAGAAUGACUUUUAUAUCUCUCUCUCAUCAUUUUAUAGAAAGAAAAGCCAAACCAGAGACCCAUUUUUGCUUUUUGAUCUUUUAGGCUGUAAUCUUACAGCUCUCAAACCCCACAAAUUUCACCCACCACUACCCUAACACUCUAAUUGCAAUACAAUACUAUCAGAAAGGUGAACACAGUCCUUUACAGUUUUUUCCCUUUUUCAAAAUCAUAUCGAACCCCUGUAGGAUUUACUUUGAGAUCUUUGAUUGCUCUGCAGAAUCUUAAUGAGUUCAUCAGAUCGAUUGUUGUUCAAUAGGCAAACAAGUGUUCAUCAGGCUCUCGGAGGCGGACUUUUUGCAGAUGUGAUUCUAUGGAGGCAUACAAAUGUGACAUUGGGAAUAUUCAUAGUAACUUUAGCUUCUUGGAUGAUGUUUGAAAGAUCCGAUUACACAUUCUUAUCAUACGUCUCCAAUGUUCUCUUACUCCUACUUCUCAUUCUUUUCCUUUGGGCCAAAUCAGCACAAAUUCUCAACAGACCUACACCACCAAUACCAUACUUACAGCUGUCAGAAGAAACAACAAAUGAAGCCGCAGCUUUGAUUCGUGAACAAAUAAACACAGUGUUAUCUGUAUCCCAUGAUAUUGCACUUGGAAAAGACCCUAAAAUGUUUGUUAAAGUUGCUGCAUAUUUAUUUAUCAUCUCAACUAUUGGAAGUCUAACUGAUUUCCGAACAUUGUGCUACACAAGUGUUUUUGUUGCUCUUAUUGUUCCGGUUGCAUAUGAGAGAUAUGAAGAACAUGUUGACUCAGUUUUAGUGAAGGGAAAUUUGAAGUUGAAGGAGUUGUAUAUAAGAUUUGAUGAGGAAUGUGUAAAGAAAGUAAGGAAGUGGAUUUUGGAGACGAAUAAACUCAGUUGAUCAAAUUAUUUACAUUCUUUUUGUGUUAUAUUUGUAAUGGAGAUGGAGGUUUUGAUGAAUUGAUGUCAAGGUGUUGUGAAAUACAAGUUGAGAAAUGAAUGAUGAUAAUAUUUUAUUGGGUUAAAUAUUUUUUUUUCUCAAUUUUAUGUAAGUAAACAAUGAGCGAACCUGUCUUUACUGAAUUAGAGACAAAUUUUAUUAUUA